ACCAUAAUUAUCACACUGAAAGGAAGCUUUAACGUAACGCGCAAGGAACACAUAUGGCGUUGGAAGAGUGAUGUGAGAUUCACCGUUUACUUCCUUUUGGCAUCCCCUAGCAACGAACCACAUCUAAUAUUGCAUUAUAUUUAGCAGCCCUAAACUCGUUUGUCUCUCGAGAAUCUCUCUACUCCUUUAAUCAACAAUGGAAUUCUGGGGAGCUGAGGUUAAGGCAGGGAAGCCACUUAAAGUGAAACCUGAUGAAGACUGUCUCAUCCAUAUUUCACAGGUGUGUAUUGAUAACGGGAAGAAGGGUGAAACUGGCAUUCUAUACGUGACGGUUGAUGAGAAGAAGCUCGUGAUUGGAACUCUUUCUCGGGAAAAUAUUCCUCAGAUCAGCCUUGAUCUGGUAUUUGACAGGGAGUUUGAACUCUCCCACUCAUUGGAGAUAGGAAGUGUCCACUACAUUGGCUACAAAACACCCAACAUCAAUGAAGAGUCUUCUUCUGACUCAGAAGAUGACUCAUAAGGGGAGGAGAAAGUGGAGGUUCCUGCAACUGUCACUAAUAGUUAUUUUUUAUAAUUUUUUACUUUUUGUUAUAGUUAUAAGAUACAUGUGUUAAGAUGAUUAAUAUAAUGAAAUAAAAUUUUGUGUUAUCUAUUCUAUUAAUUCU